AAUUCAUCGUCGUUUCUUUGAACGGCUAUCCAGGAAAAGAACGCACUUUCCUCGCUGGCUUUCGCCGAAGUAGUUCGUAAAGUUUUUUUGAGUCCCGUUUACUAACAAUUUUUACCAUCUCAACAAUGCCAGACUGGAGGGAACGUGACGAUUCGGACCGUGGAUAUGGCGGCGGCGGCGGAAGUUCCAGCUAUGACCGGGAGCGUCGUGACUACCGCAGUGGUGGCGGUGGAUACGGUGGAGGGGGUUACCGUUCCGGCGGCGGUGGUGGCUCCGGAGGAUAUGGAAGCCGGGAUGGUGGUUAUCGCUCCGGUGGUGGUGCGGGAGGCGGCGGAGGAUUCCGCAACGGUGGCGGAGCCCCACGAGGACCCCCAAGGAUUGACCCGGCAACAGCAAAGACCGAAACAUUCGAGGUCGAUGCCGAUAAGGUCAAAUUCAUCAUUGGACGCGGUGGCAACAAGAUUCGUGAGAUUCAGGAUCGCUGCCGGGUGUCGGUGCAAAUAGAUAAGCAGCGGAACGAGAACGGCCAAAAUAACAUUUCGGUGAUGGGUGACCAGUCCAACAUUGACCGGGCGCGGGACAUGAUCGAUCGCAUCAUCAACGACGACCGUGACCGUGAGGAACACCGACGCGACUAGAACAAGUGCUGCUAGCAGCGCUCCCACUAGUCGUCCUACGGGAUGUGCGCGUGUGUGCGUGCGAGCGUGCGUGUGUCGUCUAUCGCUUAGAAUUUAAGAUGAAAACUCAUUAAAAGCUUAGAUAAGGACAGUUUUAAGAAUGCAGCAAGAAACAAGAAGGAAGAGUCAGCAGCAACGGAGAGAAAGGAAGAUUUGCAUUUAUAUUUUUUGUUAUCCUGGUAGUGCUUAGUUUGAGAAUAUUUGGAUCGCACCGAUAUUUUUUCGGGAAAAAAGAUUUCUCACACUUGAACACGGACAACGCUACCAAGUUAAUGGUCAGGUUUAACGAUAUAGAUUACCAGAAAUUUUAUUUGUAUUUUUCACCAUGUUCUAACAAACGACAUAGGGAAUUCACUUCCUUUAGGGAUUACAGUCUGACGGUGACAAAAUGUGAAUCAAUUUUUAGAAAUUUAUAUUUCUAAAGCUACAUAAGCAUCAGAUCAAUUCUAUUGAUCACAAACCUAGAGUCCCUAUUAAACAAGACAAGCAGUUGAAGCAAACGAAAGUAAGUCAGUACAGUGAAGGGCAAACAAUGAUCGACAACAGUCAUAAUGCGAAUGUGCUAAAUUAAUGAAGCUAACCGAAAACAUACACAAACAGGAGUAACAAAAAGAUGACGUGGAAUACAAAUGUUCGCUUUUUACUUUUCAUAAGUUGGAAAAUAUUAAAGCUGAAACUGGUCGGAGUAACUAAA